AAUAGAAGAAGAAGACAAACAUGUGACUGGCGCUUUACAGGAGGCAAGAUGGCGGUGGCGGUGCGGAGCCUGCAAGACCAGAUCGAAAAAGCCAAAGAAGGCUUAAAAAGUGUUGACGAUAAUAUCCGUAAAUUAACCGGCCGAGAUCCCAAUGAAGCGAGACCGGGUCAGCCUCGCCGGUUUUUGGGGCCCUUGGCAGGCGUCGGAGCAGUCGGAGGAGGUGGUCGAGGAAGAGGAUUUAACCUGCUCAGGCGCAGUCUCUCGGACAUUGGAAGCGGUGGCCCCCCUGCCAAACAGCGGGACAUCGAAGGAGCGUUGUUAAGGUUGGCAGGAGACCAGAGGGCCAGGAGAGACGCGCGCAACGACAGUGACGCCGAGGAUGACGACGAUGUCAAAAAGCCGGCGUUGCAGUCGUCAGUUGUAGCUACCUCCAAGGAGAGAACACGCCGAGACCUCAUUAAAGAUCAGACAAUGGAUGAAAAAGGCAAACAGAGGAAUCGGCGCAUGUUCGGCCUGCUCAUGGGGACCCUGCAGAAAUUCAAACAGGAGUCUAAUGUGUGUUCAGAAAAGCAAAAGCGGCGCUCUGAGAUUGAGCAGAAGCUUGAGGUUCAGGCUGAGGUGGAGAAAAAGAAGUUGGAGAGUGAGAAGAGAGAGUUAUUUGAAGAGAGGAGAGCCAAACAGACUGAGCUGAGACUACUGGAGCAGAAAGUGGAACUAGCUCAGUUGCAAGAGGAGUGGACCAGCCACAAUAAUUGCCUGGUGAAAUUUAUUCGCACCAAGACCAAGCCUCAUCUUUUUUAUCGGCCUGGGAAAAUGUGCUCCGCCACGCAGAAACUCCUCGACGACUCCACCAAGAAACUAAAUGUUGUGUUUGAAGAGCGACGCGAGGCAUUCAUAGAGCACAUCAACAAGAUGGAGGCCCGACCACGGCGGCAGCUAAACCGCGACCAGGACGGCAACACCGCGGCGACAGCGAAGGACCACUCGACGGAGGGUAAGCCAGCAGGUCAGGUAGUCAAGGUGAGAGGUAACAAGGAUAUGGAGGAAGAAGAUGAGGAUGAGGAAGAGCAGGGAGAGGAGAAAGAAAAGGGGGUGGGUGGAGAACUGGAGUAUGACAGGAAGGUAGCAGAGAAAGAUGAGCUAGAUGAUGAAGGGGAUAGUCGGGAUGGGUUAGCUAAGGAGGUGGAGAUGGAGUUUGAUAUAACUGGGAAUGGGGAGAAGGGAAGAGCGGAGAACACUGAGGUCCAGGAGGAAAAGGAUGAGGAUGCAGGUCAAGAAGAGGUUUUGGAGAUGGAAGCCGAGGGAGGGAAACAGGAGGACAGGACCAAGGUAGAGGAGGAUGAAGAUAGUAAGGACAGUAAAGAAGGGCCGUCAGAUCUGGAAACUGAAAAGACUGAGAACAACCCACCUUCUGAACCAAGCGUGAGCCAACAAGAGGUAUCUAAAAGCGCUCAGCUCAGCCCCCCCACAGAGGAACCAACAGCAGCCAUUUCUGAGACCCAGGCAGCCGUUCCCACCCUUGAAUCUGAAACAGCCUCUAACACACCUGGACCGGGGCCAACCAUUAAUGACUCCGAGGUUCAGGAUUGCGUCACACAGAACCCAGCAGAGCCAAACGAAUUGGGGGAAGAUUCGGUUCCAAAGCCUCAACCCCAGGAGGCCCCACGCGACCCCACUGCACUGCUGAAGGAACAGAACGAUGGCGCCAGAGGGAAGAAGAAGGAGAAGGAGUCAAAAAAGGGCCGCAGUAAGAGUCGCAGUUCCUCUUCCUCCUCUGGUUCCUCUUCCAGCGGAAGCUCUUCCUCCUCCUCCGGUGGUUCCAGCCGCUCCUCCUCGUCCUCUUCCUCUUCGUCGUCAUCCAACAGCAGCCGGAGUCGCAGCCGGGACGGUGGAAAGCGCAACAGGAAGCAGUCAAGCAAGGACAGGAAGAAAGAGGAGAAAAGCCAACGCAAGCAUGGAGGAACUAAUGGAGGAGCCAAGGAUGCCAAGGCGUCUGAGGAGGGGAAGAAGAGGAAGAGCGAUGAAGGCAAAAGCAAGUCGUCUCGAAGCAAUAGGGAACAUAAGGAUAGGGACAGGAAAGACAAAAGACGCUAAACUGGGUCCAAAUGAUCUUAGUCUGCUGAAACUAGUGGCUGCAGGACAAUAAACGUCCUAAUCACAAACACCUUCUAAUAAAUACAUCACCCGCCGUUGACUUUAGGCAGAUGUUCCUCAGAUUUGGCCGUGAUAAAUCUAACCUGACAGAUGAUGUGAACAUAUAAAUGUAAAUGAGUUACAGUAAGGACUGUUUCUUAAGUGCACCUGUUAAGGUGUAGGGUCCUGCUAUUUUAAAGGAAUGAUGCAAAAUGUAACAUUUUUUUAUAUUCGGUUGUAUGCUGAAAGGGGCAAACUGUUUAGUUUUUUUUUAAUGUUUUUUCAUCCGAAUGUUGUCUUUAAACUCACUGGCAGUUAUGGCAGCCGUGAUGUCAUAUCUCUCAGUAAUAUUUGUGACUACUGUGUUGCUUUAUUUGAUCCAUGCCAUGUGAUUUUGUUCGCCAAUGUUUUGUAUCGGCUUCAAAUUAAAGGUGAGAUGUAGUUUA